AAUUUUUUAAUUUAAAUUAAAAAUGUGUAACAUGAAAUAUUUGUUUUAUUAAUAUUUAAAUAAUAAAAUCCAUUUAACAGUUAUAUUAGUUUAUAUAUCUAUAUUAUGAAAUAUCUUAAUUAUCAAUUUUCUGUUUCUAUCUAUUAUUCAUAAUUUGAAUUAUGUGUACCUAAUUUUGUCUUUUGACAACAAAUUAUACUUAUGAACAGAUACCUAAGUACUUAAUAUUUUUAACGAUUUUUUGUAAGUAUUAAUAUUUUUGUUAUUUAUGCUUGAGUAUAGUUUGUAUGUAGAGGUCUGUUGAAGUCUAUGUAAGCAAAGAGACUAUAUCAAGUCUCUUUAAAAUCACAGAUUAUAGACUUAUUAAUUUAUAAUAUAUGUAUAUACAGUGGUGUUUUCAUGGUAAUUGGAAAAAAAAAUCCCAAAACAACUAUACUGUCAAUAAUAUCGAAAAGUUUAGUGACAGAUACUUCUAUUUUAUUUAGUGGAAAAAUUAUCUUCUAAUCAUUGUCAUCUAUACAUGAUACAUAAACAGUAUAAAAAGAUAUCAGACACUCCAUUAUACAGGGUGUUAUAGUAUAAGACUCAACAAAGUUGAUGGGAACACCACUGUUGAUAAUUUAGUUAAUAGGUCUAUUCUCAUAAAGUUAUGAUCUUAACAUAUUUAACUGUUGAUAGGUAGUUUAGUACAGUAUUUUGUAUAAAAUAACCUGUAACUAGUGUUUGGUGAAAAGAUUUUAGUAUAGAGUUGGUACCCAUAAUAGAUUUUAAAUCAUAAUAUUAUACACAUUUUAAGAAUUUUAAAUUGGUUAAUUAUUUAUUGUUUCAUGGGCUGAUUGUAUCAUCACAUUAAGAAUUUCUUCUAUCAGUAUAUUUUCAUUAUUUAUAAUAUUUAUAAAAUCAAUUGUAAAUGUAUGGUACCCAGUUUGAGAAAUAAAAUAUAAUUCUAGUUGAAUAAAAUUAAACAUAAAUAUAAAUGUAAUGUUGUAUUAAAUAAUUGUGUAGUACAAAUGUAAAUUCAGUUUAACAAUAAAAAUAUAUUUUUAUAUCAAUAUUUAUUUAUCAAUUUUUAUUAUUAAAAUUUUCAGGUUUCAAAAAUAUGAAUAAUAUAAGUAAAUACAUACAUUUUUUCCGGAAAAUUAGUUUUACAACCUCAAAUAUUCUCAAAAAUCAGCAUGUUAUACAAGAUCAUACAUGUUUAUUGAGUAAUUUUGUGUUGUCUCUUUUUAUGAAAUGUUUAGUUUGUAUUAAUAACUUUUAAUUUGUAUGUUUAAGACCUAUUAACAACAAGAUAUGUCUCAAAUAGUAAUCACAUAAGUUUAUCCAAUGCAAAGGAUACCAAUGAUAUAUUAAUAACCAAUAUUAAACUUGCUAAACAAACGAAGGAAGUUUUAGAAAUUGUACGAUCCCAUAACUCUGUAAUGACUUAUCAACAACAUUUGCAAGCAUUGAAUUCUUUAUUUAUAUUGCAAAAAAAUGACAGGUUAGUAUAAAUAUUGCAACUUUUUGUAUUAUGUCUUACUUGUAUUAUAUGUAUACAAUUAAUUAUGAUAAACAAUAUUUAAUAUAUUAAUUAUUUCCUACACAGCAUGUUUGGUUCAUAAUAGUUUUGGUACAUCACUUUUAAUCAUUGUUCCAGAACAAUGAUAUCCAAAGAAGAACUAACCCGGAGCCCAGAAUUUACUGCAUUGUGUCAUAAAAUUACAAUUUGUUCAAGAAAUCUUGACCUGAAUGAUGUUAUGAAUAGUGUUAAAUGUUUAUCAUAUCUGGGUGUUUCAGUUAAUAGUAACAUAAUGCAAGUUCUUUUACAACUAAUAAGCAAAAUGAUAAACGAAAUGUCUUUAAAGCAAAUAACUUUUCUACAUUUUUUACUAAAGGAAUUAUCAUCAUGCCCUCUAGUGGAUGUAUUAACACUUGCUUUACCUAUAGUAUUUGAAACACAAAUUCAGUAUAAAAUAGAAGAUAAUGUAUAUUGGCAAGUAAGGUUUUUAAAUUAUAUUGCCAAACACAAUUUGUCUCAAGAAUCCUUUGAUUUUGUUAUGUCCAGAAUUAUUAAAAAUAUUGAUCAACUCAAUCCUAAAAUUGUCAAAAGCUUAUUGCUUUGUUUAUAUUACAAAGGUUAUUCGACUGAAAAAUAUAUCAAUGUAAUUGAUAAAUGUAUACACAUUUUUAUAAAUCGUAUAGAACUUAUAGCAGAUACUUCAGAUAUUGAGGCUAUCUUAACUAGAAUGUUAUAUAAAUAUAAGGAAGAAUCUGAAGUUUUUUAUAAUGAACAAUUUAUAGAUGCAUUAAUUGAGUACUUGAUAGAAAAACAAGAAAGUUUUCAGAAUUUAUCAUAUAUAGUUAAGAAGUUAAAUAAAAUUGUAAGAGUAAUAAUAUAAGUAUUCAUGUACAAAUUAAAUGAACUACUAAUAUUCUAAUUUUAGGGUUUUGUCCACCGAGGACUACUCAAUUAUAUGACUUGUCAAUUAACUGAUCAUACAACUUUGGAAAAUUAUAAAUUCAGUGUUUUAAUGUCAUAUAUUGUAGCUUGUGCAAAUGCUAACUAUAUUCCGCCUCGUUUUAUAGAGUUAAAACCAAAUAUUUUGAAAAUAUUAAGUGUUCAGAAGGUAUUUCCAUCUACAUAAUAAGUAAAACUAUAUGAUAUACUAAGAGCAUGUUGUUUUAGUUAUCAAUUGUAAUUUGUUAUAAUUAAUAACUAAUAAUUACUAUUUUUAACAUAGUUGUUCAAUCUAUCUCUUUAAACAUUAAAAUUAUUUGUAUUUUAUUUACAGGAUAUCUUAAAAUUACCAUGGCUAUUAUUAACUUUUGACUUAGCUGUUUUGGAUUGUUGGUCACAAAAGCUAUUGGAACAUGUAUUUUCUAGAUCUUUUCUUAAUGGAUUCUUAAACCGAAGUAAUAAUGUAUAUUAUUAUCUAUACAAAAUAAUGAUAAUGCAUAAUCUAUGAAAAACUAUACUGAUAAUAAUACUUUCAUAUUUAGGUGACAAUAUACAUGAUUAUAUAAUGUUACUUAAACUCUACCAGGCAGCUGUAACUUUAUUUCCUGGAGGUUAUGAUGGACCAUUACCACCUCCAGAUGUCUUAAAAAAAGCUACUGAUAUCUAUCAAAAAAGUUUCAGAAAUUUCCCAUUAAAAACUGCUUUAGAACAUGGUUUAGGUGGUAGUGAUUACGUGUUAUCAGGAGUCAGAAGCAAAUUAGGACACUUUAUUGGUUUGUUGAAUUAUUUUAUAAUGUUGACAAUCAGCAUGAUCUUUUAAUAAAAUGUAUUAUUUCACCAUAAUUUAACAAGAUUAAAUAUAUUUAAUUUUAGAUCAUAUAUUAGUAAUGAGACCUGGAGGAUAUCCUGUUGCCAUUCAAAAUGAUGAUAAAUCAAAAUUAUUAUUGGAAAACAUCAUACAAUCCUACAAAAACUAUUUAGUGUAUGUUACUAUUUGCUAUAAUUAUUACGACUAUAAUUUGUUCAUAUUUUUGUUUAUGUAGAAUUGGCAUAAUGGUGAACAAACCCAAUAACUAUGUCAUCAACUUGAAUUGUUUAAGAGGUACAUUUAUGUUGACUAACAAGAUGAUAGAAGCUACAGGAUUAGUAUUAUUGCAGAUAUCCUUAGAAGUCUGGGAUGGACUUCUGGAUUAUGAAAAAAUACCUUAUAUAAUGAGAGAAUUAAAAUCAAAAACUGAUAUUAAUGUAUUAACAGAUAAAAACAUACAUUAAUUGUUUACCAUUAUAUUAUAAUAGUUGAAUAAUUUUACAAAAAAUACACAAUUUUUAUAUAGUGUGAUAUAUUUUUUAAAUUAACUUUCUUAGGUGUCAAGAACUAGUUAUAAUGAAAAACCAAUAGAGGGGUUAGUGUUUCAAUUGUACCUUAUAUAACAGAAUAAAAAUAAUUUUAAAUAUAUUUUAGUAUUAAAGGUUUUGUGACAUGUUAUAAAUAGUAAUAGAGAUCUUAAAACUUAGUAUGACAUAUUUUAUUUAGCUAAAUCAAAUAGUUUAUUAACAAAUGUGUGUUUAUCAACUUUUAGUCAAAUUGCCACAGUUUAGUUCAACUUAUACAUAUAUUAAUAUAAAUUGUCUUAAUAUUCUACAAUAAUUAUUUUUUAAAUUAACAUUCUAAAAAGGGUUUCGAAUUAAUUUUGAAAAUUAUGAUUUUACUAGUAAACGUAUUUAACAUAAUGAAUAUAAUUUAAAGGAGUAAAAUAAAAUAAUCAUGCUUAGCAUUUUAUAUAAACUACUGCACUGAUAUUGAAAUAAAUUUAUUUUCAACGAAUGAAGAAUUUAAAUUUUCAUAAACAAAAUUAUUAUAUAAAUUAUACUUGUUAUUCAUAUUCUAUUGUCCAAUUAUUUUAUAUUUUAUGCAUUUUUAUUAUAGCAACAAGAACGUCUACCUAAUGGUUUUAUAGCUGGAGAUUGCUGAGCAACCAUUAAGUCAGCUGUCAAUCGACCACGAGUCUUAUUUUUACCUUGUUUCAAAUCAUUUUUAUUUUGUACUAAAUUUUUAGAUUUUAACUCCAUUACAGGCUUUUCCAACAUUUCUGAUUUAUAACGUUCACCUUGAAUAUUACUAAAUUGUGAACUUCUUUUUUUGAGUUUUGAUUUCAGACCUUUGUCACCAGAGCGCAAGUUCGUUUUUCUACUGUUUGUUUCAGGUGUAACAGAUCGGUUUGAGGUUUUACGUCUUGUAAUUUCCGGAGUUACUGAUCUAGAUGAGGAAUCCGAAAUAUUUAAAUCAGUUCUAUUGUUUUUUAAAUAUCUAUACUGUUUGCUAUUAUCAGAGCUGAAACUAGAUUCAGAUAUAUUACGGUUUUUUCUUUUUACAAUUGAAACUGCAUUUUUUUUCCCCAAACCCUUGUUCUGAUUUUGAAUGUUUUUUUUUUUUUUUUCUGAUGCUUUCUUUUUUAUUGCAGUUUUAUUAUUCUUUCGUGUUAAUUUUUUUGUCUUUUUAGUUGGACCUUGUAGUUCUUUUUCCUCAGAUUUGUCAAAUGUACGCAAUGAUCUUCUUAUGUUUGGAAUUUCUUCAUGUUCUAUCUUACUUACUUUAGUUGAAGAAGUACCAGUCCCCUUAAAGCUAUUUUUUGAAUAUACUGAAGAAACAGAUUUAAUCCUUGUUUUGCUUGGACCACGGUGUAACUUAAUUUUAUUGGUUCUAUCAUUUACACCUUGAAUAAUAUUAAAUUAAAUAUUUAUGCUAAUAAUAAUAAUAAUAAUCAAUAUCCUAAGGCUGUCCAAUUUACUUACCAUAUUUCACCUUUUUUUUUUUAAUUUUAUUCAAUCGUUCUUUAAUUAAUGGUUUGUAUUGUUUUGGUAAUUCAAAUAAUUUUUUACUUGUUUUAACAUUUGACAUUUCCUUAGAAUCCUGUAAUGU